AUGACUGCGCACCAUUGCAGCUGCCCUUCUUUUCAGUGGAGCUCAACACGACCUCAGCUGGAUGUGCCGCACGAUGUCACCCCCUCGCAGCUGGAGACGCUGCUGAAUGGGCUGCGACAGACCGAGGAGCGCCUGCCCUACUCCUUCUUCAUCCAGGAGCAGGAGCUGGCAGCAGAACUGGGCGCACACUUGCUGAAGCACAAGGCGGGUUUCUGUGGAGUCUGUGCUGCGCGUGGUGUAUCACCCUCAGGCAGUGUUCAAGGUCCGAGCAGUGACACGGUGCACAGCCAGCAUUGCAGGGCAUGCAGUCCUGAUGGCCAGCGCCUUGCAAGCGGCAGCGGUGACACAACUGUGCGGUUCUGGGAUUUGAAUACGCAGACGCCACAGUAUUCAUGCAAGGGGCAUGCCAGCUGGGUACUUGUUGUGGCCUGGAGCCCUGACGCCGCCCUUGUUGCUUCUGGAAAGUGCGACCAUGAUGGUGGUGUCUGGCUGUGGGACCCAGCUACGGGAAAAGCUUUGGGGCAAUGCAAGGCAUGCUUCCUGGAUGGCCACCGCAAAUUCAUUACCAGCAUUGCAUGGGAGCCGGCACAUAUCGAGCUCCCAUGCCGCCGCUUCUGCAGUGGCAGUAAGGAUGCCACGAUCAAGGUGUGGGAGGCCAGCACACGGCGCUGUCUCAUCACAAUGAGCAAUCAUACGCAGGCUGUCACUCAAGUGAAAUGGGGCGGCGAUGGUCUGAUUUACAGUGCUGCCCGAGACUGCAGCAUCAAUGUGUGGGCGGCCGCAGACGGAAGGCUGGUUAGAAGUUUGAAGGGCCAUGGCCACUGGGUGAACACCAUGAGCCUCAGCACAGACUAUGCCCUUCGCACUGGAGCUUUUGAUCACAUGGGCCUUGCCCCUGGAGACAUAGAUGCAAGAAAGGCAGCCGCGCAGCAGCGUUAUGAUGCAGCAUGCAGUGCAAGGCCAGAGCGGUUGGUAACAGGCAGCGAUGACUUUACCCUCUUCCUGUGGGAACCCUCCACUCAGAAGCAGCCCAAGGCACGCAUGACAGGCCACAUGCAGCUCAUCAAUCAGGUCACUUUCUCCCCUGAUGGUCGCUGGAUCGCCAGCGCGUCAUUUGACAAGUCCGUGAAGCUUUGGGAUGGCGUCAGCGGCACAUUCAUCGCCACCUUCCGGGGACACGUGGGGCCUGUGUACCAGGUUGCUUGGUCCGCCGACAGCCGCCUGCUUGUAAGCGGCAGCAAAGACAGCACGCUUAAGCUGUGGGAUGUGCGCAGCAAGAAGCUUUUCAUGGACCUUCCAGGUCAUGCUGAUGAGGUGUUCAGCGUCGAUUGGAGCCCAAAUGGUCACAGUGUUGUGAGUGGAGGCAAGGAUAAGCUGCUAAAGCUGUGGAGGCAGUGACAUCAUUGGGCAUCAGUGAACUGGCGGUUAACCAUUAGCAGUGCGACAGUGGCAGAGACUGUUUCGGUACAUGCUCAUCGCAUUUACCCUUGUAAUGCACCUGAUGCUU